AUUCAUCUCCUGUGAUAACAUUUCGACGCGAACAAUACCCACCAUGCUCUCCUCACGCGCGACCCGACCUCUCUGCUCCGCUUGCGAAUCUUCUUCCCGUAGCCUCAACCAUCAGCAAGUCCGACACGCGACCCUUCUCCGUCGACCGAAACGACCCUACACUUUCACACAACUCGUCACACUCUCCGAUGGAUCCACAUUCCUUCACCGCACAACGAGCCCUGCGCCCAUAUACCGAAGCGCAAAAGAUACGAAAAACAAUGCGAUGUGGAACCCUUCAAGUCAAAAAUUGUUGAAUGUGGAAGAGGACGAGGCUGGAAGGUUAAGAAAGUUUCGACAGAGAUUUGGGCGAGGAUAUGAUGCGGAAAGUAUGAGUGAUGGGGGUGAGGAGGUGCUAGAGGGUGAAGAAAAAUUGAGCCAGCAGGAAUCAGAUGAUAGUUUGUUGGAUUUGAUCAGCGGCUUUGGACAGCAGGGGGAGAAAGAGGGCAAGGCGGCAGGGACGAGAGAGGAAGCGAAGAAGAGCGGGAAAGGGAAAGGAGGACAGAAGUGAUUGAUGGAGAAUUGGGAAGUGAUAUCCAAGAUGGUGGCACUGAAACGACGUGCACACGCGCAACGAUCUGAAGUCUCUGUAUUAAGAGAAAGACAAGUCGAGAAAACGACCUAGAUGUGUUGGCGAACGUCAGUCUUGCGACAGAGGAGGGCACACCUUCAUGAGGAAGUGCUGUGUACAUGUACUGUACACUAUCGAGCGCGACAGUGGUUCUGCGCGACAUCUGCAGAAGAACAACGAUUGGGCCUCGAGGCGAAAUGCGAUGGCUGUGCGUUUGCUGCCUCUCAGAGCACGGCAAUGCCGCAGUUCUCUAGACAGACGGAGGAUAUGCCUCCGCCUAAGGUGAUCGGACAAAUAGGAAGUAUUGAUUCACCAACAUUUGAAAGAGAGGCAAGCGAGCGGUGUUGUCUGAUCGAGGCUUCGACUUCGAUCCAUUCGCUCCAUUACCAG